GGGUUCUCCUAGAGUUGGUGGACUGGUGUGGCAAGUACUGGCUCUCUAAAGUGAUGGGGAGGCAACCUUGUUGUGACAAGCUUGGAGUGAAGAAAGGGCCAUGGACGGUUGAGGAAGACAAGAAAUUAGUCAAUUUCAUCCUCACCCAUGGCCAAUGUUGCUGGCGUGCCGUGCCGAAGCUUGCAGGGCUCAGGCGCUGCGGCAAGAGUUGUCGUCUCCGUUGGACUAAUUACCUGAGGCCGGACUUGAAGCGCGGCCUUCUUACAGAAGCUGAGGAACAACUUGUUAUUGAUCUUCACGCCCGUCUUGGCAAUAGGUGGUCGAAAAUUGCAGCAAGAUUGCCAGGAAGAACCGACAACGAGAUCAAGAAUCAUUGGAACACCCACAUCAAGAAAAAGCUGAUUAAGAUGGGUAUUGAUCCACUUACGCAUGAACCUCUCCUUAAAGAAGCCACCACCCCACAACACGAUCUCGAAGUCAAUCAUGAGGAUGAGUCACAAAAAGCAGUAUGUAGUAGCCAUGUCUCCUCCAGUGUCCCAACUGAAAAUUCUUCGACGACCGACGAAUCUCGGUCGUCGUCGGACCCCGGCGAUGACGACCCAUUAAUGAGUUACAUAUGGUCGGAGACGAUAUUUCUUGACGAUUCAUUCUGGAAUUCCCCGGCCACCAGUGGAAGCGGAAGCUGCUACAGUAAUCUUGGAUUGCCGUCACCUGAAGAUAACUCCGAAUGGUUGUUGGAUUACAGGAAGGAUUUUGGAGACGAGGACUUUGGGGUUGGUAGUUUCAGUGACAUGGACAUGAUCAUGAACUCUGUAGACAUCGGUAGCACGCUCUGACAAGACCAAAAAGUGCCAAUUAAGCUUCCAAUUAUGUUCUCCAAUAAUCUGGUUUAGUUUAUUUUAAUUAAUGACAUAAUUAAUUACAACCUUA